AUCACACCUAACAUCAGCCAAAUUAGAAUAUACCUUGCUCUCUUUUUGAUGCAAAUGAAGCCGACUUUUAUUUUCUCCCUUCUCCCUGUCGGUUAUGUUAUCAUCACAAAUAACACACUCAGUUCUCUCUCUCUGUCUCUCACAACACAAACACAUAAGCCAUAAAUUCUUUCUCUUUAUCCUCUAUCAAGUCAUUGAUGGAGCUUUUAUGGGAUCUUGCCUCCACCAUAGCUCUCUCUCUUCUGCUUCCUCUGAUUUUCAUCAAGGUCUUGUCCGUGACGCCGAACUUGGAUGCAAAUGAGGAAGUGUCCGUUAUUGCAAGUGAUCAUCAAGAUGAUGAUCAUGAUCAUGGAGUCAAAUCUGAAGAAGUUGUUCAGGUUGUGGCGAAAUUUGAUGAAUCUAGAGACAAAUCAGUAUUGGAUAAGCUUGCAGUUCCAGAAAUAUUGCAUGAGAGUUGUGGAUCGCCAAAGAUUCGCAAUUCAGGUGAUGUUGAUGGCGAGGAAAGAGUUUACAAUGAAAUCGAAGUCGUGGAUUUGGCAGACAAUAAUUCUGCUAAAGAGGUUGAAUCAGAUGUGGUAGAGUUUGAGAUCUCGCAGUGUGAUGAAAAUUGCAAUAAUAAUAAUAAUGAUUAUGAGAUUGCUGAGGAUGAUGAUGAGGAUGAUGAUGAUUGGGAGGGAAUAGAGAGAACAGAGUUGGAGAGGCGUUUUGGUGAAGCAGUUUUAUUUGUUGGGUCAAAGGUCAAUGCUGAAGCAGUUGCGAGUCUUGGUAAUGCUCUGAAGAUGAAGUUAUACGGUUAUCACAGGAUAGCAACUGAGGGUCCUUGUAGGCAACCACAGCCAAUGGCACUCAAGUUCUCUGCUCGAGCAAAGUGGAAUGCGUGGCAGCAACUUGGGAAUAUGAAUCCAGAGAUGGCCAUGGAGCGAUAUAUCAGCCUUCUUUCAGAAAACAUUCCUGGUUGGGGGAUAGAUUCUCCUUAUGAAAACGCUAAAUCGGUUCCUGCAGAUAUACACAGAUCUUCGGAUUUGAAGGCAUAGGUAUGUACAAAAAGCUAAAAGAUGGUGGACAUAAUAAGGUCAAUGCACACUCAAUUGGACCUACAUAUACACAUAUGGUAAUGGAGUUGCGUUUCCCACAAGUAGUUGCAGCAUUCUUUCUUCAUGUGCAAAACGAUAGUUUCUUUGAGAAUGAUGCAGAUCCCUGCGAUUGAGGAAGUACAUGAGGGUACAAUAUUAAGUAGUUAAAUUAGUAAUUAGUGAGUUGUAGUUUAGGUCACAUUAUUAAAUAAUAAUUCUGUAUUUUCCCUAGGUUCACGAAUUUGUCUAUACGUAUA